CAACGGCGGCGUUAAUUAUUUUCAUCCCCAAUUUUCUUCAAAAAUGGGUGGAACCCGAUCUGUAGUCGCAGAAAAUGUGACUUUUCUUCAAAGUGGAUAUUAGUCGAGACUAAUAAACCACCAUUCGGUUCAGCAAGGAGGAAAAGUGCACCAUAUUCCUACUACAGCUGUCGGACAAGCCCAACUCGCUCGACGACAUCAAUCCAGUGACAAACGUGGAUUUGGCCCGGGUGAAGAAGAUGGCCCUGGGCAAGGGAUCUACCACUACUCCGUCGCCGUCGCAAAACGCAAACGACCUGCUCCGAAGAAACUGUACACGACGUCUCCGUUGACGUCAGUGGUCCGGAAAUGUUGAUCGAGCAGCAGAAGGCGGUUCUGGAGGCGUGCAAAUCGGGCGGAGUCUGUUCUUCACAAGGAGAGUGGACACCGGCAAGAGUUAUCUGCUGAGGAAGAUCAUUUCAACGCUGCCACCGGAUGAAACUGUGGCACCGACUCCGACGGUAGUGAGCGAGUGCUUAAUCGGGGGAACGACACUGACUCGUUCGCGGGGAUCGGAAGUGGCGAGACGACAAUGCAGAGGUGCUACGAGAUGGCCUCGCGACCCACAUCGGCUUCGAUUUGGCGCAAGUGCAAGCGGUUGGUUAUCGACGAGAUUUCCAUGGUUGAUGGGGAUUAUUUUGAGAAAACCGAAGCCGUUGGCCAUUACGUCCGGAAGAACGACAAGCCCUUCAGUGAAAUCCAGCUGAUUCUGUGCGGAGACUAUUUCCAGCUGUCGCCGGUCGUUAAGGAAGGGCAUGCUUGCCCGUAACUUUUACUCCCAGAACCAGGAAGCAUUGGUUCGUUUUUGCUUCUCCACCAAAGCAUGAAAGGAGUGCUUUCAGUAUUGCUACGAACUCACCGAAGCCCACCGACAAAAAAGCAUCAGUCGUUCGUGUCCAUUCUCAACAGCAUUAGGAUCGCGUAAUGUCGGAGAUCCGUGACUGGUUAGCGACCACCAUUAAGCAGAACUUCAACUUUAAGGGAAUUCUCGCGACCCAGCUUUGGUCGCACACUUCCCAUAUGGCUCAAACCUUGGACCAGCAGCACGGUCAUAAACGGCGCCCAAGUAAUGCCGCACAAGAAUCUGAAAAUCGCCGAAGGCCAUCAAUAUAAACUACGUCCAAGGCUACGCCACCGCCCAGAACAAAAAGCGCCAAGUCGUCGUGAUAACCGAAAAGUGACUUAUUUAUAUGUAAAUGUACGCGUUAUAAAAUGGUGAACAAAAAUGGU